AUGCCACCACCAAUAUCAUCUCAACCAUCCACAACUAUUCUAGUCUUAAUCCAUAUUUUCACUGAAUCCACCAUUUCACACCACACCUCUACUACACCAGCAAGCUCAGUCAACGUAUCUGAUAUGGGGGCUAAAACUUUUGGUUUUUCAAGCCAUGUUACAGUACUCACCUCUCCCAUUCGCACUGAUGACUCUGAAAUGCUUUUCAGAGAUGAUGAUUUGGAUAGAUUCGCUUACAGUCCUUUUCAAAUAAUGAUUGAUGAAGAAGAUGAAGUUUCUACUAUGAAAGGAGAACUCAAAUCUCUUCAUGAGAAGAUUGACCAGCUGCUUCUUGCAUUCCAAGUCUCCACCUCUGAGGUUUACUCCAAAGCCGUUGUUGAAUCAAUCCUUGAGUGA